CGCUUUGAAGAAUGGCUGCAACAUUAACCUUAGGAACCAGUUUUUCCAUAUGUUGACUUCAGUCCUUGAUAAAAUAAGAAUUUUAUGAUGAAAAAUAAAAAAAAUGUGUUUAACCAAAGCUAACAAAAGUGUGGAUCUAUUCAUUUAUUCAUAUCUUUUAUGUAACUAAAUGUGUCGAUUUAUAAAAAUAAAAACUGUCUACGACGUUAGUUUGACUAAUCCGCCGAACACCUUGAGUCAUCGGGAACAUGCGCCCUAUCUGGAACCUAAGAGGCUCUUCGGUAUAAAUCUGAUUUUCCUCCAGAUUCCCCUUUAGAGCUCAACCGAUUCGUUCCAGUUAAAAUAACGGUGACCGAAAACUUUUUACUAUUUUCAAUAAAUAAUGUAAGCGCUAUGUGGUCAAUGCGCCCAAGUAAGUUCUUCUUUGUGCUGAUUAGUGCUUUCAGUUUAGGACAAUUCGCCACAUGCUCUAAAUAUGACAACCAGAUUUUCAAUAUUUCCCUUAAUGGAGACAGUUCCAUUUCCCUGCACUGGAUGAUCGACUAUCAGCAAAAAGUUCUGAGUUUCGAAAUUCAUCUACCCGAUAAGUUUGGAUGGUUUGCUUUCGGGUUUUCUGAUCGAGGAGACAGCUUUCCUGCGGAUUAUUGUCUAUUAUGGGAAAGUUCUUCUUGGAAAAAUAGUAAAAAAUUUGACUUAAAGGAUGUUUGGGCUAACGAUGCAGGAGUUAUAGAGCUGGACAGACACCAAGAUUGCAACAAUUUUCGCUUUAAAAUUAUUAGAAAUGUUGUGAAAUUUACCUUCAAGAGAAAAUUUGAUACUUGCGAUAAUCGAGAUUACAUAAUUCAGGAUGGAACCACUCAUAUUGUAUGGUCCAGAGGACUGGAACACAUUGUCGCUCCCAAUGGGCUCAACAUCAGCACCACAAUCCGCGAAAACUUCGGCAUGAUUCGAGUGAACUUACUGAAAAAUCUAAAAGCCCAUUCACAGCUACCUUCACACGUACAAGUUCUGGAUCUGCUAACAGACAAAGUCCAGGUACCCAAUGAGGAAACCACUUAUUGGUGCAAAGUUUUCAAAUUGCCUGAAAGCUUUAGGCGAAAACAUCACAUUUAUCAAUACGAGGCCAACAUUGAAAGCACCAGCCAAGGGUUGGUGCAUCACAUGGAAAUUUUCCAUUGCGAAACUAGUGCUAUGGAGAAAAUUCCUUUGUACAAUGGAAACUGCUUUGGAGAAGAUCGCCCAGAGAAAACGCAAGUUUGCAAAAGGGUCUUGGCUGCAUGGGCUAUGGGCGCACAACCAUUCACUUAUCCAGAGGAAGCAGCGCUUCCACUCGGAGGCAACAAGUUCAAUCCUUACGUAAUGCUGGAAAUCCAUUACAAUAAUCCUGAACUCAAGUCUGGUGUGAUCGACAGCUCAGGAGUUCGCUUCUACGUCUCCGAUAAGCUCAAAGAAAUGGAUGCAGGAGUAAUCGAGCUCGGAUUGGAGUACACUGAUAAAAUGGCAAUUCCCCCCGGACAAGAAUCGUUUUCCCUUACAGGGUAUUGCAUAAGUUCUUGCACGUCUGUUGGUUUGCACAAUGAAGGCAUCACCGUUUUCGGUUCUCAACUUCACACCCAUUUAACAGGCGUUCGGGUGCACACUCGCCACUUUGAUGCUUAUGGAAAGGAAUUGCCGGAACUGGAUAGAGACAACCAUUACAGUACGCAUUUCCARGAAAUCAGGCGCUUGAAACGGCCUGUGAAAGUUUUACCAGGUCACAUCUUAAUGACCAGAUGUGACUACAACACUUUAUCCAGAACAAACGUAACUCUUGGCGGCUUUUCCAUUAGUGAGGAGAUGUGCGUAAACUACAUCCACUAUUAUCCUCAUGCCCCCUUGGAGGUUUGCAAAAGUUCCAUAUCUGAUCAGGCGUUAAGGACCUUCUUUAACUACAUGAAAGAAUGGGAAGACCAACCAACGUCGCCAAAUGCAGCGAUUUCGAUCAAUUACAACUCGAUUCACUGGAGCAAAGUGAGGGUUCAGCUGCUGAACGAAGUCUACCAUGAGGCUCCGUUGAGCAUGCAGUGCAACAUGUCCAGUGGGGACAGAUUUCCAGGCUAUUGGGACAAUGCUCCUCUUCCAUCUGUUUUACUCCCGCUGGCUCCACCAGCAAGAAAUUGCCAAUUUGAUGAUAAGUAAAUCCGGACUUGGCAAUACACAAAUUGCAUUGACCCUUUGAAAUAAACUAUACCUGAAGCAUGCA